AUGGAUCAAAAUGUAGAGAUAUCAUAUAAACUUGAAUUAUUAUAUUAUAUACUUGGUAUACUUUCAAGUAUAUUAUUUGGAAUACAAUAUUUACCACAGAUGUAUUUAAAUUUUAAAAGGAAAUCAGUACAGGGAUUUUCAUCAUCAGGUAUAAUCAUAAAAUUAGUUGGUGCAUCAUUCCUUUUUGUAAAUAGUUGGUUAACUGGUGAAUCAAUGCCAAUCGUAUUUUAUGGUUUAAUAAAUGUAUUUCAACAUACAAUUUUCAUGUUUCAAUUUUCAAUCUAUGAUACCAUCAAAGGUGCAACAAAAUAUUUACCUUGGAUUGGUUUCCCAAUAAUACCUUUUUUAAUUGGUUUACAAUAUCCAAAUACAAUGUUUAUUACAAAUUCAUUUAAACCGAUUACUCAAUUAUUAAGUCAUUUACCACAAGUAAUUUUAUGUUACCAAUCGAAAUCAACAACAGGAGUAUCAUUACCUUCACAAUAUUUAAAUUUUAUUGGAGGAAUUGCUGGUGUUUUAAGUAUGUAUAUUAAAAAUAAUAAUAAUAAUAAUAAUUUAAUAUAA